AUGCUGUCAGAUUCCACGGAACCUGGAGUUAUCCACGAUGUGUCAACUCGAUGGAAUUUAUGGAAAGAGAGAGAUGUCCCCCGUGUCAACUGUUUCCCCAGUUGGUUUUCCCCGAUGUUCGAGAAUGUUCGAUGGAGAGGUCCCGAAGCGGAGAGCCUGAAUCACGACACCGUAACCUUCUCCGAGGUUUUAUCCCAUCUUGAUCAGAUAUAUUUGAUGGUUGUUGUGUUGUCGAGUUGA